AUGGCGAGGCAGGAUGGAGAAGAGGAUCUGCCGGCCCAGCCUCCAGCUGACACCAUCGCAGGAGCUGAGAUCGAAGCAGCUGCCGAUGGUGAUUCUGGGCCAGGUGAGGGGAAAAUUCAAGGUUCGACUUUGCCUCCCAUUGCAAUCGGGGCAUCAGUGCCACCAGAAGUGCAGACUGAUGCCAACGGCGGAAAAGCCGAAAGUGGUACUGUGGAGGCCAGCAGCAGCUCGAAAGACAUGAAUGCGCUGGAUGUGACGUUGCCACCCAUCUCGUCGGCUGCGGCAGACCCGCAGCCAAGGCCUGCGGAGGAGCGAAUGGUGCUCGCAGAUCUCGCAGAGGCAGAGGUCGAGAUCUCCCCGGCCGCCGGCAGCGUUCCAGAGCCCCAACGGAGGAGCUCUGCUCCAAGAGCUGCGGCAAGCAGCACAAAGCAGGCGCGAGAAGAUGCCAGAAGGCGCAUUUUGGCCGCCAGGGAAGAGCUUCAACGACGGGUGGCUGAAGCCACAGAGGCGCGGCUGAAGCGACAAGCGGAGGCAGAAGCCCAUGCACGCGAACGUGCGGAGCAAGCCCAAAAACUGGCACAGAAAAGAUUGGCUCAGAGGAAGAAGAAGUCUGAAUCAGCAACGCCGGACUCAAAGCGAGGUGAGGCGAGCACCGAGACGUCCACAUCUAGCCCUGGGCGCAGUUCAUCUCCAGGCAAGAACGUGCCGCAGGAUCUCCCCGGGUUGAAACCGGCCAAAGCUAGGGUGAAGAGGAAGAUUCAGAAGGCGCGGGAUGCCCAGGAAGCGCGCUUGAAGGAGAUUGAGGAGGACCGACGGAGGAGCCAACAGCGACAGCAAGCACAAGCAGAAGCAGCAGAAGUACUUCGUGCUCAGGCAGCGCGACGUGCAGGCGAGCGGAUGCGGAGAGAAAGGCAAGCCGAGGCCAACGCAAGGGCCCAGCGCGACCACGACCUGCAGCAGGCACGCGAGCGGCAGCAAUUGUACAGGAGCCCGAAAAAAAUUGCCGAGCUCAUCGCUGCCGCUGAAGCCAGCGUAGCCCACAGCAAUGUCGAAGAGCGCAAGCAUGCGGCGAGACACACGGAGUCUUAUCUUCAGAAGGAGCGUCAACGUGCGAGGCGCCGCCUGGAUGGCGAGGGCGAUGACCGGCCUUUUGGAGAAGCGCUCCGCAAGCCCGAGGGGGAGGUCCGCCGGGGUGAGCCCGAAGAUGAGGAUGCGCUGUUUGCGAAAACAGUCCACGCGUUAACCGACGAGGAUUGGAAGGUGAACAUCAAGUUCUCCUGA